AUGCCCGCUGGCGGCGGCAACAAUCUUCACUUCCUGUCGCAGUCACGCACCCUGUGUGUGGAGGAGCAACCGUUGGAGUCCAAGCGACUCGUCGAGCAGCUGUGGACAUCGAGCAGUCUGACGUGGUGGCCCCUGCGCCACCUCGGUGACGAUGAUGACCGCGGCAGGCGCACGGGCCGCACGCUCGGCUCGUUCGCCCACUUCCAGCUCCCGCGCUCGGCCGCCGAUCGGCGCGCAGCGCACCCGGUCGCCGACGCCAUCGCGGGCGAGGUCCUGGCACUGCACUCGGCUCAGACCGUCGAUCAAGCAGAUGCGGACCUGCAGCCUGCCGACCUUGAUUGGUGUGCGCAGGGCGAUGGCCGAGACCUCCAGCAGCAGCGGCGCGGGUUCACGUUCGGCGACCUACACAGCAGAGCCGCGCAGCCCUGGAGCGAGGUCAGGGUCUCGCAUGAUUCUGCUGCAUGGCCGGCGGCGCGCGUCACGGGCACGCUCGUGGCGCACUCGACGACGAUCGCCCGGCCGCUCAACAACAUCAACGACAUGUUCAACGCCAUUUUCAAGCGCAAGGCCUUCCUUUCUUGGUACAUAUCGGAGGGCAUGGACGAGUCUGAGUUCGUGGAGGCCGGCAUGUGCCUGACCGACCUCAUCCACGCCUACCAAGCCCACGAGCGCCCACAGCACACCACCGCCGCGUCAUCUACUUCAUCAUCGUCAUAA